CUUGAGCAUGAUUGACGCAUGCCCCACCCAACCCGAGGCCGGCCAUAUUGGUUUCCCACUCGGUCAAUCACAGAGGAGGAAGACUUGUGAUUUCAGAUUACUUGGGAUAACCAGGAAGCAACUGGAAUAACAAGGUGUUCAAAAAACCUAACAAGAUGCCAAAGGCAGUCAAUGUUCGAGUCACCACCAUGGAUGCAGAGCUGGAGUUUGCCAUCCAGCCAAACACAACAGGCAAACAGCUCUUUGACCAGGUGGUGAAGACAAUUGGGCUACGUGAAAUCUGGUUCUUUGGCUUGCAGUACAUAGAUAGCAAGGGCUACUCCACAUGGCUGAAACUUAACAAAAAGGUGAUGAGCCAAGAUGUACGCAAAGAGUCUCCCCUCCAGUUCAAAUUCCGAGCUAAGUUCUUCCCUGAGGAUGUGGCUGAAGAACUCAUUCAGGAAGUCACACAGAGAAUGUUCUUUCUGCAAGUGAAAGAAGGUAUCCUGAAUGAUGAAAUUUACUGUCCGCCUGAGACAUCUGUGCUGUUAGCAUCAUACGCAGUUCAAGCAAAAUACAGUGACUAUGACCCUGAUAAACAUAAGCCACGGUGUCUAGAGAAUGACAGGCUGCUACCUCAGCGGGUUUAUGACCAACACAAGAUGACAAAGGAACAAUGGGAGGAGAGGAUAGUUAACUGGUGGGCUGAACACAAAGAUAUGCUCAGAGAGGAUGCAAUGCUGGAGUACCUUAAGAUUGCCCAAGACUUGGAAAUGUAUGGAGUCAACUAUUUUGAAAUCAAGAAUAAAAAGGGUUCGGACCUGUGGUUAGGAGUGGAUGCUUUAGGACUCAAUGUAUAUGAAAAAGAGGACAAAUUAACUCCAAAGAUUGGAUUCCCUUGGAGUGAAAUUAGAAACAUCUCCUUUAAUGACAAGAAGUUUGUGAUCAAGCCAAUUGACAAGAAAGCACCAGACUUUGUAUUCUAUGCACCAAGAUUAAGAAUUAACAAGCGCAUUUUGGCCUUAUGCAUGGGCAAUCACGAGCUGUACAUGCGCCGACGUAAACCAGACACCAUUGAAGUACAGCAGAUGAAGGCUCAAGCUAAAGAAGAGAAACAGUCUAGGCACAUUGAAAGAGCCCAGCUCCAAAAGGAAAAGACUGCCAGGGAAAUGGCUGAAAAAGAAAAGUUGGAAAUGGAAGAAAAGCUUAGACAACUGAAAGAAGAAUCAGAGAGAGCAAGAGAAGAAAUGGAGAGAAAUGCUGAAAUGGCAGCUCGUCUUGAGGAGCAGCGGCGCCAGGCAGAGAUGGAAAGAGAAGAGGUAGAAAGAGCUAAAGCUGAGGCUGAGGAACUUAGAAUUAAGGCAGAACAAGAGGCACAUUUAGAGAAGGAAGAGAGGGAGAAAAUGGCAAGAGCAGCAGAAGAGGCAAGACUGGAAGCAGAGGAAAAGGAACGUAUCGCAAGGGAAAAAGAAGAAGAGCGUUUGAGAAUGGAAGAAGAAUUGGCAGAGGCCCGCAGGAAACUAGAAGAAGAGAGGCAACAAUUUUUAGAACAGCAAAUGAACCAUGUAAAGGAAACAGAGGAGGAGGAAAAUGACGUUGAAGGAGGUCAAGAUAUGGAAAUUUUAGAAGAUGCUCCUCGCCCAGAGGAAGAGCGUAUUACACAAGCAGAAAAGAAUGAUAAGCUUCAGAAACAGCUUCAGUCUUUAAGUGCAGAAUUGGAGGAAACAAGAGAUGAUUCCAAAGUAACACAAAAUGAUAUGAUAUAUCAGGACAAUAGGCAAGCAGGCAGAGAUAAGUACAAAACAUUGAGGCAAAUCCGUAUGGGUAACACCAAGCAAAGAGUCAACCAGUUUGAAUGCAUGUAAAUCCCACCAAAAAUCCUGACGGACAGCCUUGACUUAAUAUCUUUUUACAAUAUUCCCACACAAACUUUAGCAGGACUGAUUGGGUUAAAACAUGGGGCAGUGUAUUUGAUUAGACUGUUAAGAAUAUACAUUUCAAGGGACCAGAUUGUUUUGUAUUGUAUUAGGGCAGAGCCCACAGCAGUAUGUUGUGUAUGAUGAUUGUUGAAAUUGGAAUGCCAUGAUUACAAAUUAUGCCAUCAGUUUGAACAGACCCCAAUUUAUAGUAUUUGUAGUCAGGUCAUAGGAUGCAUUAUGAAACUGUGGCCUUGUUUACCUUUGACAUAUAUCUCAUAUAUUUUCUUUGUAAAGGGUUGAGGAAUAAUCCUUGAAUCUGUGAACACAAUUAUUGAUAAGAUAUAGACUAAGGAAUAAAUAUGAUUCAUACUGUGAUACUGCUUGAUUAACCUAAAGUGGGAAAGCAGUUUGUUAGCAUUAGCACUGUUGAUCUCCGAAAAUUGGUGAAAAUUAUCCCAAUAUGAUCAGCUGAUGGUGAUAUUCGUUCACCUCUGCUAUCAACUGUCAAAUGUGAGAAUGUAAUUCAGAGUUGUGACUUUGCCAGACGUUUGUAGUCUAUAGUGAUACCAUUGUUUUCCAAAUGUAUUGACAGUUUUGUAUAAUGUUCUUUUCUAUACAAAACCAGUUUAUUAUACUGAGGAAAAAAUAUUAUGAUGAUAGGUAUAAUAUAUUUUGCACGUGGUUACCCAAGUUUACCGUUAGUAGAUUACAAACAAAAAAGAACAAUAUUAUAUGUUUAUUAUUAUUAUUAUUAUAAUCAUUAUCAUUAUGCCAUUAUUGUGUUGCAUAUUGUAUUUGUACAGGUAUUGGCAGAAGUAUAUUAUUUUGUAAUGGUGAUUGGAACCAUUCUAUAGUGAUCAGCUCAGUCAUUCCACUUAACCUUAUUAUGAUGUAUGUGCUCAAGGAGCUGAAAGAAUUCAAAAACUUGGUACCUGUGUCAGCAACAUUCCUAAGUUUCUUGGCUAAACCAUUCCUUUGAGUAGAAAAUUAGAUAUUCAAAUCGUAAAUGCCACAGGUGCUUUGUUUAUGAAUUCCUGGUCAGUUCUAGGUGACAAAAAUGCCACGUAUGCAACAUCCACUGAUAGCAUUGAUAAAUUAAUAAAACACAGGAUACUUGUUUUAGAAAUUCCUUAUGUUCCUAUACUAGAGUUAUCUUCACAGGUUAGAGACAAACAUAGUAAAUAUCAAAGCCAUUACGAAUAAAUACACCUCAGAGUGCUUAUAACAUGUUUGGCUGCUACAUACGAAUAUUGUGUGUUGGUAUUAGGAUGGGAGGGAAUUUGGUAUGUUGUCGGCUGUAUAGCGUUUUUGUACAUAUCAUGAUUACAGCACUCGGAUUAUAGUCAAGUCUUCCAGUUCGUGCAGACACUGGGGAUUCCCCUAUAUAAAAACACAACAGAUCUAGAGCUGCACAUAGAAUACAUACUUAUUGAAGGCGUGCACGCAUGUACGUGACUGCUUUGCUGUCCGUGGAAUAUACUGAUACUAUUUAUUUGCUGCUUGCUUUUCCCAUCACUUAAGCAAAUUACUUGUUAUCUUGCUGCUGCGUUUGAUGAGCAAAAGGAAGGACAUGUACAACUGAUCUGAUAAGUACCUUCAGAAGAUGCCACAAAUUGUCUCAAAUUGACUUCGGAAAAAUAAAUAGCUAAACUUA